UACUGUGGAUCAGCAACAGGUCGUUGGCGCUCCUGCGGUGAAUAUACCAGGAAAAUAGUGUUAUUUUGUGGAGCUUUUUCCUUUUUACAUCUGUAGCUUAAAUAUAGUUUUCGAAACAGUUACAACGUUAUCCCCAUAUCUGUCGAAUUAACGCUGUUACUGUAGGCCUGGGUAGUGUAGACUAUAUCCCAGCUCUCGUACAGUGCAAGGUGGCGUAAUGUUACUCUACGCACGGAGACUGCCAGGAUGACCCGGCGUGUGUAGACUACUAGUACAAUAUCUUGGCAGAAGUAGAGUCGAUUGGUGGGAUGAAGGACCGACUGGCUGAAUUAGCUGCUAGUAGGACACAAGCGGAGGAGGAUGUUGCAGUGGUGGUGGACAGAGAUGACUUCAUGGAGAACUUUUUCAGAAGGGUGGAAGAAGUUCGAGGACUCAUUGAUAAGAUCUCCUGCCAAGUGGAAGAGGUGAGGAAGAUGCACAGCAUGAUCCUGUCUGCACCAAACCCAGAUGACAGAACAAAGGACCAACUGGUUUCACUGACCAACAAUAUCAAAGGCAACGCAAAUGUGGUGCGGACUAAACUAAAAUCCAUGGAGCAAAGUAUGCCCAAAGAUGAUGCAGCUAACAGAUCCUCUGUGGACUUCAGGAUCCAGAAAACACAGUACACAGUGCUGUCCAGGAAGUUUGUGGAGGUCAUGACCCAGUACAACGAGACUCAAGUGUCCUUUCGGGAGAGAAGCAAAGGAAGAAUCCAGAGACAGCUGGAGAUAACUGGAAAAGUGACCACCAAUGAAGAAGUGGAGGACAUGUUAGAAAGUGGAAACCCAUCAAUCUUCACUUCUGAUAUCAUUUCUGAUUCCCAGAUCACACGUCAGGCCCUGAAUGAGAUCGAGUCACGCCACCAGGACAUCAUGCGUAUGGAGUCCAGCAUCAAGGAGCUCCAUGCAAUGUUCAUGGACAUGGCUAUGCUUGUAGAAACUCAGGGGGAAAUGGUAAACAACAUAGAGAAGAACGUCUCUGAUGCGGCUGAAUAUAUUUGUAGUGCAAAGGAAGAAACCAAAAAGGCCUUGAGGUACCAGAAAAAGUCUCGGAGGAAACUUGUCCGCCUUGCCAUGUGUGGGGCUGCAGGUCUCCUCCUUUUACUCAUCAUAAUAGUUGGAACCUUUGAGUGACAGAGUUCAUGGUUCACAACCUCACAGCAGUCAGCUGUUAGUCAGUGAUGGAGCAUAACACGGCCUCGUAAUAGGUUGAAAAGUCAUUCACUAUUCCACAGCAUUACAGAGAGGAUCUCCUGAGCACAUGAAUAUAAGUAUAGUGAGUGUGAUGCACCACUUACCUCAUACCUCAUGAUACACUGUUUGGGAGUCUUUGCAGCUAGAGUAGAGGGUCUUAUUAGAAGACAUCCCCUUCCCUUUGUGGUGAUAUAAUGAACAGUGAUAGCUAAUUUAAUUAAUACACUGGUGUACACACUGCAAUGCGCCAAGGAAUUUAAAGAAAUAGUUCUAACAUUUUGGAUAUGAGAUUAUUUAACUUCUUGCCAAACGUUAGAUAAGAAAAUUGACUCUCAUGUUGAUGUAGAUGUAAAGCUGUCACCAGCAGCAGCCAGGUAGCUUAGCUAAGCUUAGUACAAAGACUGGAAUGAGAGAAAGCUCAUCGGCUCUUUCCAAAAGUAUCAAUAGCACAACAGGUUAUUUCUCGGCAAAGCGGCAGCCUCAUGAGGGAAGUAUCAUCUUUGCGUCUUACUCUUGUUUGAAAGCUUUCCCAAAAUGCUGAAACGCAGCUUUAAUAUUGAAAAUAUAUUGUGCAAUUACUAAAGGAUUUAUUGAAUCAUUGUAAAAUGUGUGUUUAUAUGUUUAAGCGUAUGCGCUAUAUGUCUUCUCCUCAUUUUGUAUAUUUACUGUAACUCACGUGAAUUGAAUGUAAAACUGCUACAACUCAGGAGACAUUUUGAAAUAGAACAGAUAAAAGUUCCACGUACUAGGAAUACUCAAAAUCAGACCGGCCUCGAGACAACUAUUUAAAGGUCUUGGAAUUGAAAGCAUUUUUACUUGAUCUCGACUCAGAUUCCAGAUUUUAAGACCGGUCAAGACCACCACUGAUAGGCUUCUUUCUCAUGUCAUUACUGUAAUUAGAAGAAAAACACUUCUUCCUAAGGCAAAAAAUUAUUUAAAUUAAUUUCUAGUUAGAUAGUUAGUUACUAGUAACACGCCCCCUGAACACAAGUUGAUUUUCUGUGAUAUUUAUGGUCUUGGUCUUGUCUCGGUCUGGCCCUGUCUUGAUCUUGGUGUUGACCAAGUCUCGUUCCCUUAAUGUCUUGGUCUUGUCUCGGCGCACUCUGGUCUCGGGUAAUGUCUUGGUCUCGGUUAGUGUGUUCUUGACUACAACACUACCACGUCCUUGUUCUCUAUUUGUUUUCGAUCUGAAGAAAUAUUUUCCGAUUUAUUGAAUGAAAUUCAUCACUUCACGUAACAACUGUCCACCAGUAACCUUAGUGAAGUGCCUUCUUGAAGUUGAAACGUGAAACCUUAACUCAUUAAACUGUAUUUAUCACGACCCCAGUGUGUGAUGACUGAAACAUUUGUUUUCAUUAUGAUUUCAAGAACACACUUUUUUCCCCCAACACAAUGUAACCUUUUUUAUUUGUUUUUAAUUUAUAUCUUGUAUUUUGUAUUGAACAGAAUUAUUCAGCAAUGUAAUUCAAAAAUAAACAAAUUGAAGUCUA